CGAUAAAGUCAUUUUACUCUGAAGGCGCUUUCUGGGCACUUCCGGUACUGACGGGGUUACCUGCCUCCACCUUGGCGCAUCUCUGACGGUCAGUCGGCAUGACAACGCGCUCUCGAGGACAAACGGGGAACGGCUGAUCGGGAGGAUGGCAGCAGAAGAUGCCCAGUAACGGCAACAGCGGUGGGAAUCGAGCGGAGAGCGGGACCGGGACCGGGACCCGCUCCGGGACCGGGAGCGGCUCGGUCCAUGUCCCGGCCAUGGAGCGAGCCCGGCCGGCCACGGUGACGGUGUCCGCGGUGAGCCUCGCGCUCAGCGUGCUGUCACUGCUGCUGCUGGUCACCGCAAUCUCCACCGACCACUGGUACGAGACCGACACGCGCAGGCACAAGGAGAACUGCGACCGGCACGGCUCCGACUCCAACGAUCAGAAGAACCGCGAGAUGCCCAUCUACCAUCUGCCACUGGUGGACAGCGGGGCCCGGCAGCGGGACGUGGCGCUGAUGAAGCCCGUGCAUGUGGGCAGCAGAGAGGAGGAGCUGCUGGAGAACUGGCGGGCCAUCCUGGGGAUGGGCAUCCUGGAGACAGAGUGCGGCAGGCCGCUGUUCUCCACCCACUCCGGCUUGUGGAGGAAGUGCUAUUUCAAGGGACUGGACCCGGACAUCGACAAGCUCAUCGACCGGGGUAUUGCAGAUCGCUGCACUGCUGUGAAGUAUCACUUCUCUCAGCCAAUCAGACUGAGGAACAUCCCCCUGAACCUGACCAGGACCAUCCAGCAGGACGAGUGGCACUUGCUGCACCUACGCCGCAUCACGGCAGGCUUUCUGGGCAUGGCGGCGGCUGUCCUGCUGUGUGGGAGCAUCGUAGCUUCGGUGGGAUUCUUCUGGGAGGAGAGUCUGACACAACACGUCUCCGGGCUCCUCUUCCUCAUGGCAGGGAUCUUCUGCACCAUCUCUCUGUGUACGUAUGCAGCCAGCGUGACCUACGACCUUUCCAGAAACCCGCCCUUCAUCUACGGCCUACCGGCCGAUGUGGAUCACGGUUAUGGCUGGUCCAUCUGCUGCGCCUGGGCCAGUCUGGGUCUCACCGUGGCCUCCGGCUGCCUUGGCACCACCUUCCCCUUCCUGAACCGUGACGGAGCACUGCGAUCCAAAACCGCCCGCGAGUCCUCCGUCUGAGCUGAAGGCUGUCAGUCACCCAGAGAAGGAGGACAUCAUCUGCAGGUUUAUUUAGGCCCAGCUCUGUAGUAGGCGGGGCCUUGGACUGCAGAUGGAGCUACACACCUGUUUGUGUUUCUGACAUGGACUUUUAACAAGUUAGACAAUGUCUGUGUAGGUUCUCUGUCAUCCAGGUAAUUGAAAAAGAAGGUGACUGGACUUCUUUCAUUUGUUGAAGA